AUGAGACUACAUUUCACCACCAGCUGGAUAUUUCAGGGUUGGAUCGUGUUUUUCAUCGCUUUAUGUAUACAGGAGGUUUUCGCUAAACCAAGUGGCUGUGGUCAGAACCAGUAUAAGAAAGACAAUGUUUGUUGUAGCAAGUGUGAACCAGGGAAGUAUUUGUAUGCAGAAUGCGAAGGCAACAAGGACACUGUAUGUGUGCCCUGUGGAACGAAUGAAUACCAGCCAGACUGGAACCUGGAGACUAAAUGUAUCCAACAGAAGUACUGUGACACGGGCAAGGGCUUCAGUCCCACCCGGCCCAGUAAUGCCACAGCUCCUGUGCCCUGUCAGUGUAAGCAGGGCUACCAGUGUUCUGUCAUUAACUGUGAGUUCUGUGUAAAGAUCCCACCCUGUCGUCCUGGACACGGAUUCGUCAUGAAGGAUUCCGGUGAGGGCUCCUGCGAGGCCUGCAAGUAUGGCUUUUUCUCGGACUCUGACUCAAUUGAUCCCUGUAAAAAAUGGACAGACUGCAAAGCCAACGGCAAAACGGAAAAAAGGCCCGGGACGGCUACAGCAGAUGUGACGUGUGGACCUCCUCACACUGGUCCUCAGCCGUGGUUAGUGGUGGAGAUGGUUCUGUCCAUUAUCGUGGUGGUGUCACUAAUUAUCCUCUUUUUGUUCUGUUACAAGAACAGAUUGACACUCCUCACAGUAAAUUUACGGUCAUGUGUCCAAAGCCUGAAAAGAACCAGAAUACAACAGGAGACCUCUACACCUCCCUUCAGCAGCAGUAACGGCCAACAGACCUGUACCCUGUACGAGAUCACCUGUCACCUGAUUCGCCAAGACGACGACCCAGCCAAGUCCUUCAGCAUGUGUCCCAGUAGCAGGCUCACCUCCCCCAAAGAGGAGUCCGACAAACCAGACCAGGAGCGCGACGGCGAUCAGGCUGACGGGUCGUCCAGCACCCCCAGUGAGAUGUCGGAGGGGGGUCCCUCGUCGCCUCUGUCGGGCAGCUCCUGUAGCUGCGUGCUCUCUAUGAAGGAGCCCGUGGAGGUGGGGGAAAAUGAAGACUGCAGCCAGGUCGUCGCUCCGGGUGUGGACGGGUCGUGCUCCUGCGGGGGCGUGGACCCAGAAGCUGGGGAGGGAGGUUCUGAGGGACAGACGCUCCUCCAGGAGGCGUUUCUGUGUGACAAUUGCUGCCCAGAGAACGUUGGGGUUUGUGGUGAGCGUUCACAGCUGCAAGAAUCUCAUGAUCUCUACCUGUGCGACCAUGCCACCAAAGAACAAACCGUGCCCGGGGAGAGGGGUUGCCGCGGCGACGGGGCUCUGGUUCAGGGGCUGUACAGGCAGAACGAACCCUGCUGCUGCAGUAUUGACUCUACUACUAUGGCGAUGAUGUCAUCAGUCAGCGCCAACAAUCAGGGCCUCACUUUGAUUGACAGUAAUGACAUGAAGCUGUCUGAGUCUGACCCAGAGUACCAGGGUCAAUGCACAGAAGCUGCCCUUACAUCAGGUCAGGUGACGGGAAACAACAACACUACGUUCAUCUCCAACGGACAAGUGAUGAACUUCAGCGGCGAUGUCAUCGUCGUGUACGUCAGUCAAACGUCGCUAGGCGGCGGCAGCGCGGAUACCGAGGAGCCCUUCAGCUGUCCGGUUCAGGAGCAGUCUAAUGAGGAGAGUUUCCAGAGCGCGCCCAAACCCAGCAUCUCCACCACGCCACCCCAGCGCAGCCUGCCUGUACAGGAGGCCAGCGACGAGUGGCCUCUGAAGAACUAA